CGUGUACACUCACCUCCACCACCUCCUGCGUUCCCGCCCAAUUUGGCGCUGCUCCCACCUCACACCCACUGCGCGGGCACCCCUUCUUUGCGUUACCCAUCCCAACACCACACAAAUCCGGCCGAAAACUAGUUUCGCGCCUACGAGAUCCCCCAUCGGCGUGCGAUUGAUAAGCGCCGGAUAUGCUUUCUCUCGACGAGGGUAGCGCGUACUCGGAGUCGACGGGCGAGUCCGAAGGCUCGUGGCCAGAGUCGUCGGGAUCGGCGAGCCAGCUCGACGAGCAGGACGACGAUCAAAUCCCAUACUAUCUCGGACAUUACUACCUCCAGGAUCUGCUUGGGUCGGGGUAUUCAGGUUCCAUCUACCGCGCCGUGCACGUCCACAACGGCAAGACCGUCGCGCUCAAGGUACAGGACGUCCACCAUGAGUGCCCUACCAAUCGAUACGAGCGCGCCUUCUACCCCCUCCUCCAGGGCGGCGUCGGCAUGCCCACUAUGUGGGAAGCCGGCGUCCAGGGCAAGUGGGACUACCUGGCCAUUGACCUCCUCGGGCCCAGCUUGGACCAGCUCUACCGCAAGCACGGCAAGGGCGUCAUGGACCUUCGCAGUGUCAUCUCCAUUGCCAUUCAGCUGAUCAGCCGUCUGGAGCUUAUGCACGCACGCGGGGUGCUGCAUCGGGAUAUUCAGCUCGGCAACUGUACAAUUGGGCUCCCGCCAUUCGAGAAGACCAUCUACAUGAUCGACUUCGGGUUCUCCAAGCUCUACAUCGACCCAGUCACGCGGCGGCACAUUCCUGACAGCAAGAAGCCGCGAGAUUUCAUCGGCAACUACUGGUUCAGCUCCGUCGCCGUGCACUGUCGCGGAAAGGUUCCCUCUCGCCGCGACGACAUGGAGGCUGCUGCGCUCAUGCUCAUCCACCUCCUCACGCCCAACGGGCUCUCGUGGACACGCAAUGGAGUUCCGAAGACUGAUGAAGCGCACGACCGAUUGAAGCGGGAAAAGAAGAACGCUCGUCCAGAGGAUCUAUGCCGCGGGCUGCCGAGCGAGUUCGAGGAGUUUUUGCGAUACUGCAGGAGACUCAACUUCAUGGACCGCCCCGACUACCAGAGGUGGAAGGACGAGUUCGCAGCCCUGGCGGAGGAGCAAGGGUUCGGUGACUGUUCCCAAUUCGAAUGGCCGCCGAGGGUGCUGGAGAAGCCCUCACCACGCGUCAUCACGACCCCGAAGCGCAGUCUCGCACCGCCGCCUUCGGAGGAGUUGAACGAGAUUCUGCGCGGGCUGCAGAACCUCAACCUCGCCCCGCCUGACCGGGAGGUGCUCGGAGACCGGAAGAACAUCCAGCGGGCGGCAAGGCAAGCGGAGAAGAAGUCGAGCUUGGCGUCGUCGGACGCGAAGAAGAACUCCAACAUGGCGCCGUCGAACACGAUGGUGCCGUCGGACAACGCCAACUCGGACGUCGUGUACAUCAAGCGACAGUCACCUGCGGUCGGCGCGGCGAAGAAGGCAGACCUCAUUCGACAGCUCAGGGUCCGAGUGUCGAGCGCGGCGACGAAUGAGGCGCUGGCGGAGAUCGUGGCGGGCUUCGUGGAGGCGCUACAGUGCAAUAGCUCGAAGACGUUGACGAAUGCGGCGACGGACUUUUUGGACGCGUUGCAAAAGCAGUUGGCGCAGCCGUCAGUGUUUGAGGUGCCGGUGAGAACGUCCCAGAACUCGCGCGCGAGCGUCAUGCGCACGCGGUCGAGGGAGGAGUCGCAGGCCAAGCUGGGCAUAUUGGCGCGGCUGAAGCAUGAUGUGCGGACGGCGCGCAACAACGCUGCUCUCGCUGCGAUGGUGGACGACUUUUCCAAGGCAACGAACAAGACGUCGGGGAAGACGAUUACCAAAGACGGCUUCGCGUUCCUGGAGGGCCUGUCCCAGCGUCUGAAAGAGAUGCGGUAGUAGUGAAGAACAUACAGAAGAAGACUAGCGGUAAAGUACAAUCUUGUUGCCUCAUACAUACACACACAUCUACGCUAUAUUAUCUACUCCAUAUUGUCACUGCGCAUUGGACGAUCUUCCUGGUUCCUUUUCUUGUUGAUGGGGAGCUUUCUCCCCUUCCGUCUACGUACUUGUCUGUGUAUUUCCCGUAGUGUACUGUAAUUCAUCCGCGCGGCCGGAUGUUCGAUAUCGUGGAUGUAUCGUCGAUAUCAAGGAGGCAUCGGUCCUCCGUGUUCUCCGCG